AUGGACGCCCUCAAAUCCGCCAUCCAACCCAUAACCCACAACCUCCCACAACCCAUCGCCGACGUCGGCAUCUCCCUCCUCGGCCCCGCCUGCUACAAAACCCUCAUCUACAACGUUGACCUAACCGCAACCGAAUGCGUCAAGCUCGCCAUUUCCAAAGGCCUCGGCAUCGGCAUCAUUGGCGCCUCCUCCAUUGUCAAGAUUCCGCAACUGCUCAAGCUGCUCAACAGCCAGUCUGCAGAGGGUCUCUCGUUCCUCUCGUACCUACUCGAAUCGUCUUCGUACCUUAUCAGCUUGGCGUAUAAUGUGCGCCAUGGAUUCCCGUUUAGCACGUAUGGUGAGACGGCUUUGAUUCUUGUGCAGAACAUUGCUAUUGCGAGUUUGGUGCUCAAGUACAGUGGACGCGGUGUUGGUGUUGCGGGGUGGGUUGGUGGAUUGGCUGUCGCGGGUGCGGCCUUGUUCAACGACCAGUGGAUUGACACGGAGAAGUUGAGUUUGUUGCAGGCUACGGCUGGUGUACUGGGUGUGGCGAGUAAGGUGCCGCAGAUUCUGACCGUGUGGAGUGAGGGUGGAACCGGCCAGUUGAGCGCUUUUGCUGUUGUCAACUACCUCCUUGGUUCCCUCUCCCGUAUCUUCACUACCCUCCAGGAAGUCGACGAUCCGCUUAUUCUCUACGGCUUCAUUGCUGGUUUCGUCCUCAACGCUAUCCUCUUCCUCCAGGUCGUAUACUAUUGGAAUGCGCCGGCGUCCAAAAAGACAGAGUCAAAGAAGUUGGCGGAGCCGAUCGCUGCGGACAGGAAGGAAAUGGCGCGUGCCGUUUCGAGCGGAGCGACGCCUUCCUAUGCGAACGCUGCGGGCAAGAGUCCGAGCACAAGACGCAGGGGAUAG